CGCCCACCCACGUGGCAAGAAGAUAGACGUAGACGCCUACAUUAUAGAAAGAUGGAUAUGCAGAACCAGGGAAUAGUUAAGCCGAAGACUCAGCGAGCUAAACGGGCUCUGGAGACCAAGGCGCCGAAACUGGUGGAAAACACGAAGUCUGCUCUCUUCAUUCGUGGCGGGCACACGAGCGAGACGGUCACCCAGGCUCUCAAAGAUUUGAGUGUGUUCAAGAAGCCUGAGGCGGUGGUAUUGAGGAGAAAGAACAUCUUACGACCUUUUGAAGAUGCAACCUCAGUUGAGUUUCUUGGACAGAAGAGUGACUGUUCGUUGUUUGUGUUUGGCUCUCACAGCAAGAAGAGACCGCACAACUUAGUAAUAGGUCGGAUGUAUGACUUCCAUGUUUUGGACAUGGUUGAGCUUGGAAUUGAAAAUUUCACUUCCCUCUCCAGUUUCAAGUCGGGCAGCUGUGCUCUUGGUUCGAAGCCGUGUCUCGUGUUCGCCGGAGACCAGUUCGAGACUGAGGUGGAGUUCAUUCGACUGAAAAACAUCUUUAUUGACUUUUUCCGAGGACAAGAACUGAAGAAACUGGCUCUGGAUGGUGUAGACCACGUCAUCACUUUCACUGCUGCGGAGGGACGCGUGUACUUUAGAGUGUUCCAGGUCAUUCUGAAGAAGUCGGGGUGCAAGACACCUCGUGUUGAGCUGGAGGAGAUGGGACCGCGACUGGACCUCGUUAUGAGGAGGAGCCAUCUUUCUUCUGACAGUCUUCUCAAACAGGCCUGCAAGAAACCAGCUGCUGUCAAACCGAAGAAAGUGAAGAACGUUUCUCGCGAUUCCUUUGGAUCGAAACUGGGCCGAGUGCACAUGAAGAGACAGGACUUUACCCAGCUCCAGACGAGGAAGAUGAAGGGACUAAAGAGGACAAAGCCACACUCGUCCACUCGCAACAAAGACGGACCACACACGACCAAGAGAGCCAAACUAGACUCAACCGCGUCGUCUUGAUAUAGCUGCCAAACUUACCACUCACCGAUAUUUUGCCUGUAAACACAUAAAUUUUUAGCCAGCAA